AUGCCUACCCUUGGUCCGAAGGUCCCCAUUCCGCGCAAGCCUAUCUCAAUAUUCCUUCUUUCCCAUGAUUCGCCCUACGCGGACGUCUCUGCGGUGCUUGGUGCCCGACCUGCGUCUCCGUCGUCUGAUCAUUCACCGAGGAAGAAGCGAGUACAAGUGAGGAUCGCAUGUAUUCAUUGCCAAAAAGCGUGCAAGAAGUGCUCUAACACCCGUCCAUGUGACAGAUGCGUGAAAUAUGGUCUAAAAGACUGCAUCGACUCCACCCGUAAACCUCGUAAGACAGGUGUCAAGCGAGGUCCCUACAAACGACGUUCAUCCAAAUAUCCUGAUCCAAUGCCAUCAAGUUCAAGCAUGUCUUCCCUCCCUUCUUCUCAUACCCAUACUCAUCAUUCAGACCAUCCUCACAAUCAUCAAAAUGACCAUCCCAUGGAUAACGCGGGAUACGAUCUGCACUCUCAUACACCCUUACCCCCUCUACAGAAUCAACACUUUAGUCCAUUCUCUCCCUCUCAAUCCCCCGUUGCCAACUAUCCGGGCUAUCCCGAACAAGACCAUCUCAACGGAAAUAUGGGUUUCCCACCUCCACCACGAUCCGCACUUCAGGGAUCUAUGGCCAAUUUCGUUUCUGCUCUCUCUGGUCCCCGUUGGGUGAACGGACAAAGGGAACAUGUGCCCUUGUCUUUGAAUAAUGGUCAAAUGAAUACAGCUCAUCAUGAAGCAUCGGAAUAUGGAGGUGAUGGAGCAGCAACACCAGGGGUAAUGUAUCCUUCUGCUACUCAAGCUUUCCCACUUUCCCUAGGAGGGAUGGGACGUAGAGGAGGAGAUCCGUUCUCCCGAGCUGUCAGUCCGAUAGGUACGAAAACCCGACCUCCUUUGAAUAUAAACGUAGGAGUCGGUUCGGGACAGUCACAUUUUCCCAACCCAAAUUUCAAUCAAGGUAUCAACACUCCACCGAACGAGGUUGACAAAAACGAAGCUCAAUCUUUUCCUCCAGUCUUGGAUCCUCUUGAUGUUACCAAUAAGGAUGCGGAUGGUCCUCGAUCCGCACCACCCGGAAUGACCUUCGAUGGGUUUCAACUCUCACACACUCCUGAAUCCCCUUUGUCGCCGUUCGGAGCUCAAGCACUUUCACAACCUCCUUCACCCAAGUCCAAUGCAUGGGGUGUGAAUGCCAAUAUGCGAUCUUCGUCACAAGAACCACCGUCAAGUCGUUUGCCUGCCGUCUUCGGAGCUCAUAUGGGUAUGAAUAUGGGGAGUUUCGGUGAUAAUCCCAAUUACCCCACGGGAUACGCUUCACCAGCUUUGGUAGCUCUGAAACGAAUCAGGAAACCAAGUCUGAAAACUCUGAUGAGCGCCACCAGUUCACAGGCCAAUUCAAGGGAUGGAAGUCCCAUGCUGACGCCAGUACAAGAGGGAGAUCUCGAGAGUCCGACGUUGUUUGACCAGCCUAUGAACGAUGAGAUGGAAGGAUGGUUGAAUGGACGACAUGAAGAGGGGAUUAUGCAGCUUGACGGUCAAGCAAGCGCAAGGGCGGAUAGGGAAAGAGAGGGAGAUAGAGAGAGAGAGGCAGGAGAGGAUUUGGGAUUCGGAGGGAUGAUGGGGAUGGGGUUCUCUGCGUGA